AUGGAAGAAGAAGGUCAAAGUGAAUCGCGUAGAGCGAGGAAACGUUCUCGAAGUAAUAGCUCGGAUGACUCAACGACCACGGAAAGAGAGAAGAAAACGAAGGGCACGUACAAUAAGCUUACUCUAAACGACGAUCCUGCUGUUUACGCGCGACGAAUUCCUUAUUUUGGAGAGAACUCGAUUAACAAUAUUUUAAAGGUCGUUUCGUUGCAAUCAUUCUCGAAUCCGCGUCUGUCUUUGCUGAACGACGGAGAGCGAGAGACCGAGCGAGACGAGGUUGCAGAUCACAAAGCAUCCAGGACAGGCGAGUCGGAUAGUCUGUCAGAUUCAAGCGAAGAAUUUACCCGAAGAGAUCGGCCCAGUUCAUCAAGUGAAGAUAGAGUUUCUUCCUCAGGACAUCCACAUAUUGUUUUCCCGUCUAAAUCCCGUAGCAAACGGGGUGAUUUCAAGAAUGGCAAUGUGUUGAACGAGGCAAUCACUGGAAAAGAUCAAAGAUACUGGGAAAAAAGACAACGGAAUAAUGCGUCCGCUAAACGCUCAAGGGACGCGCGCCGCGUUCGAGAACUCGAGACUCAGAUAAGAGCUGAAUAUUUAGAGGAUGAAAAUUACAGGCUAAAGGUUGAAAAUGAAGUUCUACGUGAAGAGAACGCUCGAUUAACAAAAACUAUCGAAAGGCUUAAAGAGAACGCCAAUAACAGUGACAAAGAUUGCAGCGAAUAAAUUCACGAAAUACGGAAUAUUUUUUAUCAAGCGAGCAACAGUGGCGGUGAAGUGACUUAAGAAUACUUAGAUUGUUUUUUGGUUUGGUUAUAAGGGAUUUUGUUGCCGUUUUUUCGCACUGAGUUGCACAACCGUAAACUAUUUCCAUUACUUGUGAGGUGUGACGCAACACGCCUUACGUAGACGUUCCGGCCAUCUUUAAGAAUGGAAUAUAAUAUGUAAAGUCGUAAAUAAUGUACAAUUGUUUUAGUCGACAACAACGCAACUCGACCCAGCUGUCUUUUAGUUUCCAUAAAAACAUUGUCGUAAACGUUAAGGAGUGUUUAACUUCAGAAUCAAGAAGCCUGUUGGCUGUAUUUCAGUGUUUAUAAGGGUGAAAUUUUGAGAUUCGUGCCGUUCGUCUCAUGCAGGCACGUGCAUGCAGAAAUGCUCGCGUGAUACAGAAUCACUCUAGUGGCACUAGAUUUCACUGAGGUCCGAACAAACGUCGUUUGAAUAUUAAGCAAUCGUUUACGGGUAGAAAUCACCUCGUAUUCAAAACGAGAACAGUCUUUACGUCCAUUUUCGGCUCGUAUAGAUGUCUCUUUCAGUGUACAAAGUUAACAAAAAUGCGACUCUUCCGCGAAGAGCUUGUUUAGAUCGAAAGAACAAAGAUGCACGUACGUCACAUGUUAAAAUAAGAACUUUCUGGAGAAAAUGGCUAAUUUGCCCCCAAAACUGUUUAUCUCCUCUAACAGGAAUUAGAAUAUUGCUCUAAAACGUUAAAAAAGACCAGUUUGUGAACGGUAUGCAAAAAAUGCCAUUUGGGUGUGUAAUUGCACAUAUACAGUGGCGACAGUCAUAUAGAAUUUCUGAUCCUCGGCAUAAAUGAUCGCCGCCCGCCCUGGUUGUGUGGACGUUGAUAAUCAAUCUUAAUUUAGAGCAUUCAUAUUCAUGUACAAAGAGAAACUCUUAUUAGUUUGAUUCCUUACAGCCAUGCNUUAGAUCGAAAGAACAAAGAUGCACGUACGUCACAUGUUAAAAUAAGAACUUUCUGGAGAAAAUGGCUAAUUUGCCCCCAAAACUGUUUAUCUCCUCUAACAGGAAUUAGAAUAUUGCUCUAAAACGUUAAAAAAGACCAGUUUGUGAACGGUAUGCAAAAAAUGCCAUUUGGGUGUGUAAUUGCACAUAUACAGUGGCGACAGUCAUAUAGAAUUUCUGAUCCUCGGCAUAAAUGAUCGCCGCCCGCCCUGGUUGUGUGGACGUUGAUAAUCAAUCUUAAUUUAGAGCAUUCAUAUUCAUGUACAAAGAGAAACUCUUAUUAGUUUGAUUCCUUACAGCCAUGCCUUGAAUCAAAAUAACAGAAAAAUACGAUAAGUUACCUUUGUUACGUAAAAGAAUUAUAUAAUGUAGUUGGCUGUGUAGUUGCAGGUAAUCGAAUACUCAGAGUGUGAAAACUACAAAAAGUAAUCCUCUUACACAAAAGUUAAUUCUUCUCAUUAGUACCGUAAGAAAUAUAAGGAGAAUAUGUGUGCUGAUAUUAGAGCCAAAAAAAGUAGAAUUACUAAAUCUUUUCCUUAAAGUAAAAAGAUAAAAAGGUACACUUCUGUAACAGACGACCUGUGGAAGUGUCUUGUACAAGAAACAGUGCAUAUUAAGACUAAACCUGGGUUUUAUCAAUGAGUUGUUUUUUGGCAGCUAAAUCGUAUGAUUUAACCCCUUUUUUCAGUUGUAUAUUGGUAAAAACUAUUGGUCUUAUAAAAGACUGAAAAUGUAUAUCCAUACUCGAUUCUAUAUUUGUAUUUUUCUAGGUGCGUUUGUCUGGUCAAUUCUUUAUUUCAAGUGUGUACCCUUAAAUGUUGUACAUUAUUUGCCAUUGAUUUUAGACCCAGCUUCAAUGUAAAUAAGUUUCUGAAUUUUACAUGGACUCAAACCUUACUGCAGGUUGUGUUUUGAGAUUGCAAAGGGUUGUUAAUUCCCUAAACUGAUCUAACAAACAGUUAUUGAUAAUUACUUACAAUAAAACAAAAUGAUGUAAACUCAAAUCUGUAGCCUUGAUACUUGUUUAUUCUUGAUAGCAAAGUGGUACAUCACCAUUCAUUCUAGAAUUGCCACCAAUACCCCAUUUUGUCUUUAGACUUAAUAUGAAAAUUAGAAUUUGUGCUGAUCAAGUUAGAUCCAGGGGUGCAUUUUUCUUUAGUUCUGAUGUCUCAUAAGUAUUAAUAAUAAUAAUCUUUAUAGAAAAAUCAAUGAUAAAAAAGUAACACGACGUUUCGAUGACUCCAUGUCAUCAUUAUCAAAUCGUUGAUCAUUGAUUGUUGAUUUUUCCUUUAAAAUGUAGAAAUCAAUCUUUAUUUCGAAGGAUAAAAAUACAUAUCUUAAGUUACAAUGAAGCCAACUAUCAUUAUAAAACAUUAUGUUUAAAAAUUAACAUAUUUACAAAAGUUGCGUUAAAGCACUCUGUGUUUAUUUUUGGCAAAAGGCACCCUACCUUACAUGAUUUGUAUUUAAUUUAAGUAUUGUUGAUUAUCUUUUAGAUUUCCUCUGCAAUGGCCACUGGUAGACAGCUCUUGUUCAAAUUCACAUCUCUGAACUCUGAGAAUAAGACUGACCUUGAUUUUAAUUUUUAAGUCUCAAUAUCCACAUACAAAUUCUCCAUAGUGAUCUUAGUAUAUUCUUUCUUCAGAGAAUUAGUUGCAAAAAUUUGUUCAGAGAUCAAAGUAUUUUUUCUUUGGUGAUACUUUUUUUAAAAUUUCUCAUAACCUUUCUCUUACAUAUGUACGAUACUUUUAGGAGAAAAUUGGUAUUGAUCACUCUUGGGACUCAUAGGGGUGACAAUAAUGGUGCUUGUUUCUCUCUAGUAUGUAAGUGGUGCAUGCCGAAAGUGCCCAGAGGAUGAGUCAGGCGCCAGACCAGUGUGUGGAAGUGAUGGAAGAACAUAUAGCAGUCGAUGUCUUCUUCAUUACGCAAAGUGCAAACUUGGGAUUAAAGUAAAGAUGGCUUACAAAGGAAAAUGCAGAAAACCAGGUAAGAGAAAACAACAGGCUUAUCUGAAAGUGAACAUGAUCUUUGCAGUAGAAUGAACAACCUAAACGGUUGAAAAAGAGCCUGAAAAAAACUCUUUAAGCCCUAAGAAUGAUCAGCAUCAAAUUUCUCCUUGUAAUAUCAAUGCUUUGUAAAGCAGAGUGGUCAUGAGAAAAACCGACAUGAUCACACAAGACGAAUUUACUUGAUAUUUUUUGAACUUCUCCCCACUACUAUUGUAGGAAACGAAUAGGGGCAACAAAUGAGAAUUCAAAUUUUGAUCUAAGAGUUUAAAGGGUUAAGUCAGGGUUUCAUUCCUCAUCAAGCCUGGUUUUUUUUUAGGUAACCUUUUUCAACUGCUUAGGUUGUUCAUUCUUCUGCGAAGAUCAUGUUCAAUUUCAAUCUUUAUCUGCAAUUCUAGAUAUGAUUUAUUUCAUAUCUAUUCCUUAUAUAUAUGUCGUAAUUUAUUUUUUAUCUUAGGUAAUUUUUACUUUCCCUUUGUUUCAGCUUCAUUAGGAUACAUUACCAAUUUACCCAAAAACAAAAGAAAAACAAAAAUUACCAGAGAUGAAAAAUCAACUGCAACAUAUAUCUGCAGUUACUCUGAACCACGCACUGCUGCCGCCCCUUAAAGUGGAUGUUAUGUGGCACCAUUCUCAACUAUGAUUAUCAGUGCAUCACAGCAUUGUAGCAUUGUAGUGACAUUGUUUUGAAUUGUUACAUUGCUCCAACAUUGUUGCCCUUAAAAUCAACACUGCAAAUUGUUUUACGUAGCAUUACUAUGAUUAAAUUUACUCCCAAACAAUUUUGCUUUUUUCUUGAAACAUUAAGUGUUUGAUCCACUAAAAAAAACAGGUCAAGUUCUAGAUCUCUUUGCUAUGUUUGCUAGAAUUAAUUGUUAAAAAUAUUUAUUGUAUUAAUCAUUCUUGCAGGUGCAGACGACCAAGAUGCCAGAAAAUUCCCACUGCAAAGUGACAACCAGGUAUUAUCACCCACAUCAAAAUGUCUCCAAGACAGACAGCAAGCAUUGCAGAAUGCUAAAUCAAAACAGCUGAUUAUGCUGGGCGUUUUUGUACCCAAGUGUGAGUCAGAUGGGAGUUAUUCUCAAGUGCAAUGCCUCCAUUCAUCACAAUAUUGUUGGUGCGUGGAUAAAAUGGGGAAAGAAAUUCGCCGCACAAGAGUACGAGGCAGUAGACCAAGAUGUCCUACACUUAACCUUGCACACAGUAGGUUUAAUUUAUCUUCAUACUACACUGAGUCACACCCUAAAUAUGAACACUGAGGGGGCCAAAGAAAGUGUCCCUUUUAAUAUUAUUAAUGGGGUGUCCAUGUUUAAGCAGGUUGAAUUUAGAGAAACUGGAAGGGCUUUUCUUAUAAUUUCCCCAGGGACAAAGAAAACUGACCGUGUAAAUAAUGAGGUGUCCAUAUUAAGUGGGUCUCUGUGGAAUAGGGUUUGAAUAUAUUUGCUGGAUGGAUCAACUUUACCCUGACCAAGUGAAACUAAAAAAAGAAAAAUAUAUAUUUGAAGAUAAAACAAACAUUUGACCCCCGGCCUACUGAUAUCCUUCCCUAAAAUUUGAUCCUCUAAGACCACAUGAAGAUCACCUUUAAAUUUCUGCCCAUGAUACUGUAUGAAUUCUUAAUCAAUCCUUAAUUAUUUGCGAAUUAUGGAAGAUAUCACCAGGAAUAAAAAAAUUAUCUCACUGAUAGUGUCAUAACAUCAUAGUAUUAAGGAUUUAUGAUAGUACUAAAAAAUAUAUUAAAUUUCUCCUUGACAUUUUUUUUUAGCGAAACCAUCAGUCAAGCCAGCAGGAAAAAGCUGGAAGUAUGUGAAACCUUGCAGUAAUUGCAAAGGUAAAAUUACAUUCACUGGAUUUUGAGUAAAUGCAUGUAUAUAUUACUUGGUCUUCAGUCAUUGAUUUUUUCUUUGUUAAAUGACUACAAGCACAGCUCAUUGAAUCAGUAAACAAAAUAACAGCACACAUAGAUUAAAGUAGAAUUUGAUACUAAGCUAUGUUUAAUUUUGUCUCAGGUUGUUCACAAGAAACACGAGCUGUUUUUAAUGAGAAGCUUGUGACAUUUUUGUCCAAAGAAUUCAUGGAAUAUGUCCAAAGGCCAUCCCCUUCAUCUACAGAUAAAGUUCAAGGUGCGUUAGAGUUCAAUUCACUGAAAAACAUUAAUCAGACUCCACUGCAACUUUCCAAAUUUGGCUUAAUCUGUACAUCUACUGUUGAACAACAUUUGGAGGUGCAUCUUUGGGCAGAUAGUUAUCAAAGCCAAUUGAUAGAAUUAGAGACCGGAGCCCCUCUCAAACUCAUUAAUAAUUCAUAAAGAGAAAGCAAAGAAAAUCACAUUAUACCUUGGCAGUGGUUUGGAUAUCGGAUACUAAUUACCAUAACCUUAUCUUUGAAUUUCUCCAAGAUUAUUGUUCAUUUGAGAAGCUAUCUCCAAAACUCCACACAGUAUUUCAUCUGAUAUCCUGGCUGCGCCUCGUUUUUCAACCCAUGCCACUUCUUGGUGUCUGGAUAUUGGAUGAAAUACUGCAGGUGUCAUUUUGGAUAUACUACUUCAAAUGGUUUUUUUUUUCAUAAAAUAUAAUGAUAAAUCAUAUUUGUGAGUAAAAAAAUAUUAAUAAUUCGAUUGCAAUUUGAAGUGUACAAUUUUUGAUAUUAUUAUAAAGUAAUAAUUGGUAAUAAACAGCCUACUAGGUGGGCCGGAACCCUUAUUAGAAAUUUUUUGGGCUGGCUGUUAGGUUGUCAAAUGCAGACACGCAGUCUCACUUAGGGUGUUCUUGGAUUUUUAUGCUCACAUCUCCAAGUAUUACAUUUAGGGCAGGUUGUGAGUAAAGAAAUGGUAGUUUCCUCCACCCCACCCCUGGGUGUAUGAGCUGAUAGUUGGUGGGUAAGGAUGCGGAGGGGAUGGGUAGUGUUGAAAAUUCAUUGUUUGUUGCUCUAAAUCAGGUUGAUCUCUUGGCAGUAAACAGCUUCCCUAGCUCAAACUAUCCCUCAAUUUCAUUUUACUAUAGCCUGCGAGCAAGCUCUCCUAUUUGGGCGAGUGAAGCAAGUCUCGCGAGAACACGCGAGCGUUUAAAUAGGAGAGCUUGCUCGCAGGCUAGUUUUACUAUAGAGACAAUAUUCAAUCUUAUUCUUGCUUUUUAAUUACUUUGCGGAAUUUUAGGUCAGCCUAAAAGUAUGGAAAAGGCUCAUCUCUUACUCUGGAAAUUUACUCAUCUUGAUGCUAACGCUGAUUAUGUGCUGGAAAUGCGAGAGCUUCAUGGAUUCUUAAAGAAAACUAAAAAGACCAUUUCACCCAAAAAGUGUAGCCGUUCAUUUUUAGCCUACUGCGACAAGGACGAGGAUUAUAAGCUCUCACUAAAUGAGUGGUACAUAUGCUUAGGGGUGAAAGGUAAGGCAUAUGAUUUCCUGCGUCACAAAUGUAAUCAAAGCUCAGUUAGCAAUGUCUAUAAAGCAAGGCCAAUAUCUUUGUUCCUUGCCCCGACCGGAUUUGAUGAAUUACCAGAAAUGCAUUUUAAAUAUCUCUUUCACCUGAUCUAGUUGGCAAAUUGACAAAUGGCCUGUUUAAACAGGCAUAUCAUGGCAUGUAAACAAAUCUGGGUACACAGUUGGGUGCCCAGAACAAGGAUUUUGGCGCUGUUUCACAGACCGACUUGACCAAAAGUUUAGUUCCAUUUAUAGCACAGGCUACGGAUCCCUUCUUGCAUUAUAAUAAUAACCUUAAUGUCAAGUAUAUAUCACAGAUAUUCAGUAAUUAUUGAUUUGUUGAACAAAUUUUCCACAUUACGAUAGUAGACCAUGAAAAACAUAAACUCCAACAAAUUUACAAGGUAUCUCUCCCCAUGAAAUGUCCAAGCGGCAAGGAGCAGCAGAGAUGGCUAUACUUGCAGGCUACCCAAAACCAGGAGAAGUAAACUCCUCCAUUGAGAAAGUACUCCCACCUCACCAAUCAAGAUUUUGAGAUUUGAUUUUUUAGAAUAUCUAUAAAUUUUUCCCAACAGAGAUCAAAAAGUGCACUGGAGAAUAUCUUGCAGCACUGAAAUCAACACAGCAUUCAACAGGCUCCAAUCCUUACCUACCACACUGCGCAAGUGAUGGUUCUUAUGAACCUACACAAUGUCAUUACUCACUUGGUUACUGCUGGUGUGUUGACGUGGAUACAGGAAAACCAAUUCCCAACACAACAGCUAAAUCCAGUUCAUUGGAUUGCUGGAAAUACAGUACGUGAUGAAAAAAUUACGGAUUAUAUUAAUUUUAUUUAGCCGCUUGAGCCAGAGCAACACAACACUCCCAGUCUGAAUGCCAGGAGCUUUGCAAUAUUCUGGCCCAAGCAGAUUUUAAGGCAAUACUUUAUCAUUAAAUCAGAUGGUUUAAUUUGCGUCUGUGAGGAUGUGACUAAAAGUCUUGAGCUACGUUUGAUUAUGUUUUGAUAGAAGAAACCUGAUGCUGGUCUUUCUUGUUACCAUUAAGUCCUAGCUUUUAUUUAACCAUGCACGCAUUGCGUUUUCUGUUUAAUUAACUACAAGUUCUCUAAUUCAUUUUAAAAUUUACUUUGCUUUCUUUUCUUUUUUUCCCACGUAGCAUCUAAGGACAAUUCAACAACCAUAGUGAAAAAACGUAAGUGGAAUGAAAUUUAUGAAAACCAGCAUUAAUAUGAAACUGCCUUAGAAGUCUAGUGCAGCAAUCACUGAACAUUUUUUCUCGCAAACUUAGCGAUCAUCCAGGCUUACACACAAGACAGUGUCAUACACAGUUGAAAUUGCUAUUUUAAUUCUACAUGCAAGUGUUACCGUUGAUUAAAAUUUAUCAUUCCUUUUAUGUUUAGAAUGUGCCCAGGAUUUAUGGACUUCAUUUAAGAAACACAUGAUCAAGUUAUUCAGAAAAGAAGUUGAAGUAGAUUCACCAUCAAGUAACAACAAUGAUCCCAUCGGUAUGUCAAUCCAUUUCAAUCAUCUCUGUAUAUUGUACUUGACUGUCUUCUUAUUAGCUAAGAGCGUACAGUUAAUUUUGGAAAUCAGCAAAACCAGCUGAUUAGUUUAGUUAUCUGCUAGCAGAUCACUGACUUAUCUGUAGGUUGCAGAUUUGCAAAGCAAUGUCAAACCGUGUUCUGUGCAACAGUGUGUUAGUCAUUAUUUUAUUAAAAACUAUGCAUAAUAAAACAAUUUGGAGAUUUGGUUUUUGUGAUAUCCAGAAUAAUCAAGGUCUCAUAAAUGUUAUCAUCAUAGGCUGAACAACCUUGACUUUGAUUAUUCUAGAUAACACAAUUCCUCAUAAUUGUUUAAUUCUUUUUUUAUCCCAAUAUUUUUCUGAUUACCCGUGUCAGAUCUCAUUUUAACCCCUCUUUCUUCCUCUGCGCUUUUACCAAUAAUCCAUAUGAUAAGUUGACAUUGUUCGACUGACAGGUAAUAACAUAUCACAUUCAUCACAAAGGAGUUCAGACUAACUUCAUUUAGUUCAUUAGACAAAACAAGCACAUUUGUUUAGUAUCACAGUGUCGAUGGCCACAGUUGCAUUUGUUGCACUGUAACAUAACACACAUUAUUCUGAUCAUUAAUUCAAACCAAAUGUUUUCUUUCUGCAGGAUCCUCAAUGAGAAAUCAUGAACGCAGGAGUGCAAGGUCCGGUGAUCUUCAAUAUCUGGGCUCAAAGCUCUCAGAUCAUCAAGUGUUAAUCUGGAAAUUCAAUCGUUUGGACAAAAACAAAGACAAACUUCUUUUGUCAAGCGAGUUUCUGACAUCUGCCAUGAAGAAACAUCUUGGCACAAUAAAAAGAGGAAGAAAAUGUAGCAAAAAGUUGUUAAAUGACUGUGACCUUGACAAAGAUAGAGGUCUGUCAAUACUGGAAUGGACUCGAUGCUUGAGUACAAGUAGAAGAAUAAUGCCUCUGCAAUGAUUGGUGUGAGCUUUUGGAUGAUGGAGACUGAAUGAAAUGAUCAGUUUCAACAUCAGUCAGUGUUCAGGAACUGCGUCCUGUAACUGUCAGGCUACCAGUUGGUGUUCCUGUGCUAUCAGUUGGGUCCCUGUGCUCUGGACACUAAAAAGAGAUCACACCAUCACUGUUACAGAUUACUUUCCAAACGAAAGGAAAACAUUUUGAUGUCUUUUCUUUGCAACCUGUGCGCAAAUGCCAGCAUCUUGAGACAAAACAUAGAGGAGUGUAUGUAACACUGCCACAACAUGGUGACACGCUAAAAUCAAAAAAUAGAUUAGACUUUCUUUGAUACGCAGCGACUCUGGAAACCCUUUAUUUAAGGUGUUAGAAUAUUUCGGCAGAGUGAUCUCUUUUUACAGCCCAUGGCUAGACCUCACACACCAACAACUCAGUGGACAAAAAGAACAAUGUGUGAACAAAAUGUUAUACAAAGACGCUGUUUGACAGUGUAAGAAAUCACAAUUUGAUACAAUACUAGACCCCCACCAUUACAUGGGAGUUCAUUUAGCAAUAUAUUUAAAGCUUUAAAAUUAAUUUUUUUGUACUAAUCUCUUCAUAAUUAACUGCAUUAAUAUAAUAAUAAUUUAUCAUUAAUAUUGUAAAAGUACCCUUUUCAACAAAUAGUUUUAUAACAAAGUACAGAAGCUGGUGGACAGGUUUCCCC